UGUCAAUAAGCAUAGAAAUUAGAAAUAUGAAAGGAAUGGAAGGAAUAUUUGCCGCCAGCCAGUGUUAUUUUUUGUAAAAGGAUUUGUGCCUAAAUUGCUUAAAUCAAUGAAGAGUCAUCAACAUGGAGAAAGUAUUGAAAAAGUUUAACCCUGAGAAUGCUGCCAAGGAACUAACUCGGGUAGUGGAAAAUGUAACUUGCUUAGAAUGUUGUAAAUUUUACAUUGUUCCGGAGACUGCCGCAUGCGGGCACACCCUAUGCCAUGGUUGCUGGAUAGGGCGGCAGACGUGUCCCGUUUGUGCGCUGCCUCUCAAGAAGCGGGCAUUGACGCAAAAUGCAGUUAUUAAGAGAUACACGGAAUGUGUACAGAAAGCUACAGCAUUGUUUGAAAAACAGUUUAACAUCAAAAUGGAAGAAUUUGCUGUAGAUUCUCCAGUUCAAGCAAUAAAUAAGAUAGUGGAAAAAGACCCAAGUAAAACUGUAAAUGCAUGGCUAUGUGACUCACAGAACCACUUCUCAGCCCCUGUGUCCUCUCAGCUGUCCACACAAGGAGAAGACCCCACUAUUGAAGUGAAAACUUGUGAAAUCCAAGUUCAUACAGAAUCAAAAAAAGUUCAGAGUCCAACAAAAGUAAUACAUGCACCACCUCCCCCCCAGGAUGAUUGGGACAAGAUUGAGGUGGUUUCAGACACAGAAGAAUUUUUAAAAAACAAAGAGAAUUUUGGGCCCCACAUAGAGCCAUUCCAUCUAGAUGAUGAUGAAUACACAACAGAUCAUCCCCGAAGAAGUUCCAGAAAAAGGGAGCACAAAAAUGAAUCCAAACCCAGUGAAACCUCGGGAGAUAAGCACAGCUCUAGUAACAUAAGCCUAGAUACUACUGACAAAUUAAACAAAAUCAAGCAGAACUGGAGCAAUGUUAAGAAGAUGAAAAAAGAAUUCAGUAAGUUACAUAAAAAGAAUAAAAAUAAGCUAAAUGUCUCAAUAGAAAUGUGUAAGAAAACUAAAAGUGCCAUCAGCAAGCCUGCCCCAAGUGUGGAGCCUGAAUCUCAAAAAGUUAUAAUAAUAGAUGAUUGUACACCAACUCACAAAAGUACACCAAAAAUAGCUGAAAAAGAGAAAUCACCUGUUUCUGACAAAAUAACUAUUAACACUGGUAAUAAACAUGAUACUGAAGAUUUGAGCAACAAAAGUAGUGGAAAGGCAUCACCAAAAGAUAGACUUAGAUGCCAGGCAAUGGAUACCAAUGAAAAUAAUGAUAAUAUGUCUAAAAGAGACCAUAGAACUAACAGUUCAUCUAUAUUGAAUAAUUUUAAAAGUUAUGAUGUAAAUCAAAGGGAACCCAUAGAGACUGAAGUAAAUUUAAUGUCAAGAAGCAAUAUACCUUUUCUUAAAAAGAGUGCUUUACACACAGAUAAACCUUCUGAAGAUUCCAAUCCCAAAAGUACUGAGAUAGCCAAAGAAAAUACUAUCCAAACAGUCAACCAUGCUGUUAAUGACAAUAUUGAAACGGAUUCAGAUGAUAUACAAAUAACAAUCAAAAUCGGAAGUACAUUAACUAAUAUUUUUAUCAAGAAGAAGAAAAAUGAUGUUAAAGUGAAACUCAAUACAGAUCAGGAGGCUCAAACAUUGCAGUGCAUGGAAAAGACGACUUCUUGUAAAUCAUCUUCAUCUGUUUCUAAAACUUUAGAUGUACAAAACAUUGAGAUUAACAUUGGAGGUGAGGGAGUGGUCAGUGCUGUUACACAGCAGACAAAAUGCAUUGAACCCAGAGUUGACCAACCACCAACAGCUACCAGUGUGAAAGCUAAUCUAAAUAAAACUGCAUCAACAAAGAAAGACACUGCAUCAGCUGAAACUAUUCCUAUUGAAAUCUCAGCAAGCCUUGAGAAAGAACUUACAAAAAUUAUGGAAUGUGAUGAUGAUGAUGAUAAAAAAAAUAACGCUCAGAAAAAAAAGACACAGGAGCCUCAAGAGAAAAAUGAAGAUGUUCAUAAAGUAUCAUCGACUUAUACUCCUAAUAAGGAAGAAAUAUCGAAAGAAUUGGAACUUGAUGAGGACAUGUUUGCCAGCGGAUCUGUCAAAGAAAAAAAUGUUCAACUCCUUAAAGCUACAAAACCAGCUCCAUCUGAAAUACUAAUGCCUACAUAUAGGCAAAAAAAACUAACACAAACACAGAGGCAGGCUAAUAAAAGAAACAGAGAAAAUGAUGAUGAGAUGACUAGUAACAAGAAACUCAAAGUUACUAGUGAAGACUAUGAAGAUAGUAUUGAUGAUAUACAUAACAAAGAUAAUAAAGAUGAGAGUUCAAUCAAUUAUGAUUCAGUUAUGAACCAAGUGUUUGCUAAUAUUGAUGCAGAUAUUGGGAAAACCAGUAAAAGUCAAAGCAUUAUCGAAAAUCCAGAUAAGACCUUAGCUGACAAAGAGGCUGAAACACAAGCAAUAACACAACACUCACAGUUUCUAAAAACUCAAAAAACUCAAAGGAAGGUGCUAGGUUUGAGUAGACUGGGCAAUGCUACACAGAACAUACAGAGUAAUUUGCCACCAAAGGAUAGUGAGAGCCUUUUUGCAUUGUCAAAUGUGGACUCACAGAUUUUAACAGACAAGGGCCAUAAUCAGAGGCACGGCCCAGAGACCCAGGCUCACAUUGAGAACCUGCUGACGCCUGGCAUAUGCCAGGACCUGGCCGACACCCAUCGCCAGGAGGCUGGCCACAACCGUCAGGAGGCUGGCCACAACCGCCAGGAGGCUGGCCACAACCGCCAGGAGGCUGGCCAGAACCGUCAGGAGGCUGGCCACAACCGCCAGGAGGCUGACCACAUCCGCCAGGAGGCUGGCCACAUCCGCCAGGAGGCUGGCCACAACCGCCAGAAGGCUGACCACAACCGCCAGAAAGCUGACCACAACCGCCAGGACCUGGCUGACACCCACCGCCAGGAGGCUGGCCACAACCGCCAGGAGGCUUACCACAACCGCCAGGAGGCUGGCCACAACCGCCAGGAGGCUGGCCACAACCGCCAGGAGGCUGGCCACAACCGCCAGGAGGAUGGCCACACCAGCCAGCACGUGAUCCCUGCCACGCCGCAGGACCACGACUCAGAUGCUAGUGUGUGUGAAGAGACACCGCAGAAAGCUUCAUCAUUCACAAGAAAGCCUAAUGCGGCCAGCGGCGCACAACCCAAACAGACGCAGUCCCAACUGAACCCCAAAGAGGCGCAACUCAUCAAGGAAAUCAUCAACAUCUCCGACACCGACAAAGAUAAAACCGUCAUAGCGAAACCCAAGCUAACCUUAGCAACACCCACUAUAAACCAGUUCUGUAACUCUAUCCAGCAUUAUUCUACGCCAGUAGCUCGGAAAAGUCUUAAUUUUGACACAGCGGAGAGUACAAAUUCUCCGUCAAGUACAAGGAGGAAUGAAUUCUCGAAGCCAAGAACACCGAACGUGAAGUUUUGCGUGGCGGCGUCGGGUCUGAAGCCGGCGGAGGUGAAGGACGUGGAGUCGCUGUGUGCGCAGAGGGGGUGGACAUUUGUUAAGGAGUUCACUAAGGAUUUGACACAUUUGGUUGUUAAGGUGGAUGAAGAGGGCAGAUCGCAGAGGACGGUAAAGUACAUGUGCGCGCUGGCGGCGGGGCGCUGGAUCGUGCGCUACGAGUGGGUCGACGCGUGCCUGCGACGCGGGCACGCCGCCGAGGAACCGUUCGAGGCGCUGGACUGGACGGGCGAGCCGGGCCCGCGGCGCGCGCGCGGCGCCACGCGCAAGCUGUUCCACGGCUUCACCUUCUUCUGCAUGCCGCCGUUUAGUGUCCUCAGCGAACCCGUGCUUAAGGUGAUGUUAGAAUCGGCAGGCGGCCGCGUCGUGCCGUCGGUGCGCGACGUGCACGUCCAGGGCGAGGACGUGCGCCUGCUGCUCGCCGAGCCCGAACAUACGCAGGAAAACCGGUUUACAUACCUGGCAUUAGAACAAAACAUCGUCCCAGUAAACUACGAGUGGGCGCUGAACUGCCUCGGCAGCUACAGCGUCACUUCUAUCCUCGAGUUGAUGCUGUGUCCCUCAUCCUUGCUGCCUGCCGUCACUUCCAAAUGGCCGCAAGCCCUUAUCACACAAGAGUUUGACACUGUCAUAGAGUCUGACUGACCAGGUGAUGCUAGUGACAAAGGCUUUUGAAAAAAUAAGUUAUAUUGUUGACUAUAUUACUACAGUGUAAACACACAAGGACGCGUAAUUUGUCAGGAUGGCCGUGUCGGAGGCAAUAAAUUGAACAUAACGCCAUCUAUUGGCUUUACUGUAAUCUGAUUACAUCUACUAGCAAUAGUCAAUCGUUUCAUAAUCAUCACAAUCGCUCACAUAAUAUAGUAUAUUUUCUCAUUAUUGUUCCCUACAAAAGAAAAACUUAUAUAAGCUUGGUUUAUUCUGAAUGAAUUUAUGAAGUUGGUCUUCGUGGGAUACUAAAUUAUUGACAGCCUUGAUGGCAUAUAACUAAUUAUUAUAAUACAAAUCCACAAAUUAACAAAACCCGAGAAAAAAUCCGCAAAUUAAGAGGAAGGCGGCAUAUAUGUAAAUAAAUAAAUGGGUCCUCAAAAACUCAUACUGUACUCGUAUUUGGACAAAUCUGGAUAUUGUUUUUUUUUCAUUAUAGAACUGGGUGCGUAGCCAACAUGCCAAUCGUUUACGCUCCGUAGCGACGAAACGCAACUGUCUCUGUCACAUUAAUAUGGAAGAGUGAAAGAUGACUAUUGGCACGUUCGCUAAGCACCCUAAUAACUAUUAGUAUAAUCGGAUUAUUAAAAAGCUUCAUCUUUUUGCAUCACACAGAGUAAAUUGCUCUAUUAUUGUAAUCUACACUCUGUAUCUUUAGGUAUUUAAAUAAAAGUAAACAAAAUCUACCCUCAAAUGGCUCCUUAAGCCAGUUGAGGGUAGAUAAAACAUUAAAUGAUCAAAUAAUGUAGUUUAAAGUCAGGUCGUUCAGUCACAGAUCCAGGCGGUUUUUUUUAUUUGGUUGGUUAACCAAUAAAUGUUAUAACUACCCGAAAAUGUACAAAUUGUUUGUUUACUUUUAUUUAAAUACCUAAAUAUACAGAGUAUAGCACCACCCGUAUCAUUUAUUUUAUAUAUAAAAUACCAGUUGGGUGACUCCACGGCAGAAGUAACGCUAGUCACCAGUUUAAAUAUUGCGUGUUUCUUUCAUUCGUGACUCGCGCGACUCCUGCCGUGGAGUGACCAAGUUUCACAAAUAUAGGUGUUAUAAUUAUAAGUACUACUAACGCAGCAGUUACACUUAAGAUUUAUUAAAUAAGUGUUAAUCGUUUAAUCUAUAACUUUGCAUACACUGACAUCAUGUGAAAUGAUAAAAAAAAAAUAACCUAGAUAUUUUGCAGCUUUGCUUUUAAGUUUGCAACGUUUACGUUAAAAGUUGUUAUAGAACGGCAGGCGAUGUUAUUAAAUUACGGGUCAAUUUAUAAAAGCGGGUUAAUAAUAAUAGUUGAGUUCAGUAAUGUAAUUAAAUUACAUAUAAAAAUCAGAUAAAAAGUUGUUGCCUGCUUGUUUUUACUUCUCUUUAAGAAUUGAAAUAAUAGCUAUAAGUUCAUUUUAGCUUGCAUUAAAAGUUUUAAUAUCAUUCCUAAUACAGUAAUACACUCAAGCAAGACCAUCGAAAACGGCUCACUUCGUAAGAAACAUCUGAGAAACCCAUUUUCACUACUCUAGAGUGUAUUUUACUUAAAGUAGUCUUAAGUAGAGAUGCAACGAAUAGUGGCUUGGCCGAAUACCGAAUAUUCGGCGGAACCAUAGGCCGAAUAGCCGAAUAUUCGGCCGCCGAAUAAUCGGCAAGAAGUUUUACCUAAAAUGAAGUAAAUUCUAACGCGCGCGUGCAUGCGCUGUGCAAGUUGCAACUUAUUUCUCGCUGUAGGCAGUCUUUGAUAGAAAUUGCGCUUAUUCUGCACGACAUUGCGGUGCGUUAGAUUUCGUCGUGUGUGUAAAAAAAAUAUUUUGUAUUAUUUUUCUCAUGUUUUUGUAUUACUAUCUAUGAAUAUAAAGGUAGUCUGACUUGUAGUUUGUUACUUUUUAUACCCCUCGUUUGCCGUUAUCUACGUGUUAACGUACUAUUCGGUAUUCGGCCGAAUAGUGAAAUUGUGGCCGAAUACCGAAUAAUGGCCGAAUAUUCGUUGCAUCUCUAGUCUUAAGUGUCAACUACUGGAUUGUUUAUCCUUAUUACUUAUACGCAAAAAAAUCACAACUGACAGGUUCUUUGGCCAGUUUAGAAUACUGUUAAAUUUACAAGAUGUAUUUUAAAACUAUUGUUAAUAUUUUUUAUGAAGAAUAAAUGUAUUUUUAUCUAA